AUGGCUAGAAAGAUUACAUGGAAAGACGUUGGGGUUAAGGACGGGUUCCCAUUAAUUUCACCUGGGUUCGCUACAGAAUCGGGGAAUCAGUUACUAUUCAGUAGUGGUUGUGUUGGUACAGAUCCUGUUACCAAUGAACUACCUGAGGAUUUGGAACAACAGGCUAGAAAUUCCAUGAUCAAUUUGAAGAAAGUGCUUGAAGUAUCUGGAUCUUCUGUUGAUUCGGUCUUGAAAAUCUUGCUGUUCGUUUCCGAUGGUAGUUACGCUGGUAUCGUUAACAAAGUUUUCAAAGAAUUCUUCCCUAAUCAACCUGCUAGAUCGUGCAUUGUCGUUGCAUUCCCCAACAAUAAAUUGAAAGUCGAAUUAGAAUGUAUCGCUGAGAUUCCAUCCAAGAAAAGAUGGUUCAAGUUGUGA